UAGCAUGUCGGCUGGUGCCUGCCUGAACUUAAGUUGAAUUUCAAUAGCUCGUGCAAGUGACAUAUCAAAAUCAAUUGCUAAUAUUUUCAUUUUAUUCAGAGUUUAAGUGCUCUACCAACACAAAUCCGUCUCAACAUAUCAAAAUCAAGUGAUAAUUGUUUAUUCCGUAUCGCUGUGUUGUGUUACCUUCUUCAGUACUAUAUUUAUUUGCCUACAAUUUUGCUCUGAUUUGCAUAUAUUAGUCUUUACAAUAGCGAAAGAGACAGUCCACAUUUAGCGAAGAGUUCAACCUCUUGCUUAUUUUUACUGUACUUUGAGGGAAUUAUAUCGAGAUCAUUAAUCCCGGCCAUCUUCACGUCUGAAAAGGAGAAAUAUUUCAUCACCCUAUAUUGCAUCGAUUUGCAAGCCUGGUGCCAUUUUAGUGCCACGAACUGAAAGGCACCCAACUUAAAGUUGCGAACAAAGGGAAGAUUUUCCACCCUACGUAUUCUUUUCAUUAAUACUCGCUCCAAUUUUGUUCCACCGCUUACCUUCCCGUAUUAUAGACUACACAGCGACUGCACCCCUUGCCACCCGUAGUUUAUCACUCGCUUCUUGUAAACCGAAGAAUAUUGUGUAUUCAAGGCAAGAUAAACAUUUGCGAUUCUUACAAUCCCAACUUGUCUAGCUGUACCAAAAACCUGCUUAGUGUCUAGAUGUUCCCGUAACUUCUACUUAUUAUUCGCACGAUCAGAUUACAAUUCAAUUUGUCUCUUAUUUGGGCCCCAAUUCGAAACUGGGACUCCAAUAUCCCCUGCCUACCAGAUUUGCAAUCAAUCACUACACCAUAUAGCUUCGCCCUUCAAAACACAGCCGUUGUUGACAUUUUCAAACGCUGUAGUUGACUGAUUUCUGCGUCUGAAGACAGGCCGUUGUAAAUAAAACAAGCCGAACCGUGUGCUAACUUGUUUUUGGUAAUUGAAGCAAUAAGUAACAGAACAAAUCAUUUUUACAGCAUAUCAAGUUAUUUACGGUUGCUUUUUAGUAUUCGAGUUGCCUCAAAUUGUUUCGCGCAGUUAAAACGGAAGCAUAUCUAUCUUUGUUUUAGCUGUUGCUGUUGAAUUCUUUAAAGCCAAUCCCUUCUCAGAGAAAAGCUUCCUCUAAUUAUCAAUGAUAUAGAAAACUGUUUCCUGUGUUACCAUCGUAGCUUUUGAGAUAGCGCAACGUCUUGGGACAGCUCAAGGCUUUGCUGAGAAUCGAUAAAUUGCGCCCACGCUACUUAUUGUUUUUUUUUCGAUAUCACACUUUGUCUAAGAAUAUUUCUGAAAUAUAUACAAUACUCAAAGUUUUUAGACGCGUACCUUGAAUGCCAGUUAAAUUGAAUUGGAUUUGACGUUGUAUUCCUAAUCGAUUUGACGGCUAUUUUGAUCUGACUUUACGACCCAGACGCAUUUUUAUUAAGUUGGACCCAGUUUAAUUUGUUGGAUACAUUGGAUCUAAUUGCUGCAGGGUUUGUCUCGCAUUUACCAACAGACAAAGUCGAGCAAAGAACUAGCUCUUCACAGGCUAAUAAAAUCGCCUCUACUCUCUUACCAAGCAAAUCAAGCCAUGGAUUCCCUUGAGGACUUCGAGUCGUCGGUUGUAUCAGGAAUCCGAAACGCUAAAAGCUCAAUGAGUUCCAUGUUCAAACAGCUCAGAAAAGGAGAAGGCUCAGCCAUGACCCUAAAUCCAAACGAAGUUGAAAAUGAACCCUUUUUAGACGAGGCUGAACGAGCCGUUAACAACCAGGUCGAUUACCCUACAAACGCGCCCAAAACUUUCACACCCGGCAAACAAAACCAGAAUACAGUUUUCGCUCAGGGCAUUGCCGGGAUAUUUGGAGUUCCGAAAAAACUGGAAUUUAGCGUACAAUUAGCUCACGGAAGCGCGGUGAAGAAAGUAACGAACUUCAAAAGUGUAAAAGAACUGUACGACCGGGUUGCAGAGGCAUAUAUAGAUGAAGUUGACAGCGCAGCUGAAAUAAUGUUUUGCACUCUUAAUUCACAUACCAUUCACAAGAACCUCGAAAACCUACUUGGGGGUCAAAUCAUGUUGACCGAUUUCAUCUACGUGCAUUUGAAAUCGAGGGUCAAAAAGCGUGUGACAAUUCAUAAAGCUGACUCGGCAUUAGGACUGACAAUAACAGACAACGGAGUUGGGGUUGCGUUUAUAAAGAGAAUCCGAGAAGGAAGCAUAAUAGCGCGACUGUCUGAUGUUAAAGUUGGAGAUCACAUCGAAAGCAUCAACGACCAGAGCACUGUCGGCUGGCGUCAUUUCGAAGUUGCCAAAAAGCUUCGAGCAAUUCCUGUCGGACACCAGUUCAGCAUGACACUUGUCGAACCAAUGAAAUCAGAGUUUGACAACAUUGCUCCCCGGUCAUCACGCGGAGGCUCAGCGGGCAGCAGCGGGAAUCCUCUGGACGGGGCUGGAGACUCAGCUGCGAUCGGAGAUGGACUGCAAUCGAUACGAUUCCGAUCACAAGGCAAUGCAGAGAUGCAAGAGGAAAUGCCGAGUGACUUUAUACAAGCUGCCCAAUUGCUAAUCGACGACGAACUUGAGAAAUAUAUGGGAAUAAGAGACACUGCGCUGUCCUCUGAUAUUUUUGAGUUCUGGACAAAUGCGGAGGACGCGGACCAGUUCGCGACUAGUCUGGACAAUUGUCUGGGCGAAGGAAUUAUUCCGGAUGAUGCCAUUUUCAGAAUAGACGAAGCCCUCUCGAACUUGAAGUCCCAGUUCAAAUGAGAAUUGAGACGAAUUUAUAAAAGUGUUGAAAACAAAUGACGAUUUAGCACAAUAUUUGUGUGUGUUUUCAUAUCAGAUACGUUUUAGAGACUAUUUCAUGUGUCCAAUUUUUGGUUUUGUGUACCUAUGAUCCAUACUUUUACUCAAAUGUUUAUGAAAUCAUAUUAUAUCAUUA